AUGGAAGCUAGAAAUUUUUUUAUGUCUAUUGAUCUAACUAAGCUUCCAGAUCCUCCUAUGUCAUCCUAUAGUUUUACCCUUUUCAGUCGCUAUUUAUUUGAAAAGUCAAAGUUCAAGGACUAUUACUCUUUACUCGAAAGUAAGCUAUCUCGUUCUCAAGCUAGAGUAAGUCAUUUGACAUCAAUACUUGAAAAUGGUAAUUCGAUUGGUGCAAACGAGACUCUGACAAGGACACACGUUGAGAAUGAGAGUAAAAGUGCCCAUGUCAUGGCUCCGAGAACAACAAGUACAUAUUACGUAUGUCCUGGUGACUACGUUGCAUCUUUUACUAUUGGCACCGAACAAGCUAGGACUUACUUGAUAAUAGACACUGGCAGUGAUCUCGUUUGGUGGCAAUGUAGACCAUGUACGAGAGGUGGGUGUUACGAUCAAAAUGAUUCUCUAUAUGUUUCAACUAAUUCGGUAACAUAUGAAAAACUCAAUUGCAAUGCAAGACCUGAAAGUUAUUUCACGUCCAACCGUAUUAAAUGUAAGCAGGAUAGUGGUGCGUGUGUCUACGAUGUGGUAUACGAGGAUGGAUCAGAAACAAAAGGUUGGAUUGCAGAGGAUGCGAUUACUUUUGUUUUAGAUCAAAAUCAACAAAGAAUUCUUUUUGGAUGUGGAAAGAAUCAAAUGAGUGGAGAGCGGUCUUUUAGUCCUGAAUAUUCUGGAAUUGCUGGCAUUGGGCGUAGAUUGUUGACUGGUGGAUAUUCAUUACCAUCGCAAUUUGAAGCAGACAUUAUGGCCAUGUGUCUACCGGGAAUUGACUCCGAUGGAUCAACAAUUAGCUUCCACACAACGCCAUUUAAGAAAACAGUAUCAACAGAGCUAUUACCAAAUCCUGCAAAACCUAUAUUCUAUUUCGUCAACCUUUAUAAAGUUUUCAUUAACAAUAAGGAAAUCACUCUGAGCCCAUCAAUUAGGAAUUUUAGAAAUGUCAUAGCCGAUGGUGUCAUGGUGGAUACUGUAAAAACUCUUUCCUAUUUCCCUCAAACUUUUUAUAAUGUAUUUCGCGACACAUUCAGACAAGAAGUAAAAGAAAUUCCUUUGAUUAAUGCUCAAAUACCUGGACGUUUAGACACUUGCUAUCUGGUGGAUCCAGGAGUUGUACCAAAUUUUCUCGUUGUGAAGAUGUACUUCAGCCACCAAGACCGAACAAUCUGUUGUUACUGA